CGGGCCGGGCGAGCGGGGCGCGCCGCCUCUGCCGCACCGAGAGCCGGAGCACAGAGCCCAGAGCCGCCAGGGCGGGCCCUGCCCGCCGCACGCGCAGGUGAAGCAGGAGCUGUAGAAGGAAGACCUUGUGGUUUGCAAUCAUGCCAUUCCCCUUUGGCAAGUCCCACAAGUCUCCUGCAGACAUAGUGAAGAACCUGAAGGAAAGUAUGGCAGUUCUAGAAAAACAAGAUAUCUCUGACAAAAAGGCAGAAAAGGCCACCGAGGAGGUCUCAAAAAACCUUGUUGCCAUGAAAGAAAUCUUGUAUGGCACAAAUGAAAAAGAACCCCAAACAGAAGCUGUGGCACAGCUUGCUCAGGAGCUGUACAACAGUGGUCUUCUUAGUACCCUAGUAGCUGACUUGCAGCUAAUUGAUUUUGAGGGCAAGAAAGAUGUUGCUCAAAUUUUCAACAACAUUCUCAGAAGACAAAUUGGUACAAGGACUCCCACAGUUGAAUACAUCUGCACUCAACAGAAUAUAUUAUUCAUGCUAUUAAAAGGGUACGAAUCUCCAGAAAUUGCUCUAAAUUGUGGAAUAAUGCUUAGGGAAUGCAUCCGGCAUGAACCACUUGCUAAAAUAAUCUUGUGGUCAGAACAAUUCUACGAUUUCUUCAGAUACGUGGAGAUGUCAACGUUUGACAUCGCUUCCGAUGCAUUUGCCACGUUCAAGGAUUUGCUUACAAGACACAAGUUGUUAAGUGCAGAAUUUUUGGAACAGCAUUACGAUAGGUUCUUCAGUGAAUAUGAGAAGUUACUUCAUUCAGAAAACUAUGUGACAAAGAGACAGUCACUUAAGCUUCUUGGUGAAUUGUUAUUGGACAGACACAACUUCACAAUUAUGACAAAAUACAUCAGUAAACCUGAAAAUCUCAAACUAAUGAUGAACCUUCUACGAGACAAGAGUCGUAACAUUCAGUUUGAGGCCUUCCAUGUGUUUAAGGUGUUUGUAGCCAAUCCUAACAAGACACAGCCUAUAUUAGACAUCCUUCUAAAGAACCAGACCAAACUUAUUGAGUUCCUCAGCAAGUUUCAGAAUGACAGGACCGAGGAUGAACAAUUUAAUGAUGAGAAGACCUAUUUAGUUAAACAGAUCAGGGAUUUGAAGAGACCAGCACAGCAAGAAGCUUAAUCUCCAAUAAACCUUUAAAAUAUUAAA